AAAGACAAGUUACCUGCUUCAUUGCUCCUUAUACAGAGUAGAAAAUGAUUAACUAAAGUAUCCAACUGGAGCUUAUGAGCUGACAUUUUUCUGUAGCCUCAUCCCUUCUGCUCAACCAGUUCUUGCCUCUGUGUUUACUUCUCUCAAGUUGCAAUGUCUUUGUAUCCAGCAUUGAUUUGUCCACUGUACUCUCCCACACUACUCCUUCCCCUCUUCACCUCUCUUUCCAUCCCAUUCUUUUUUUCCCCAGAUGCAAGACCAUAUUUGAGAUCAAAAGAGGUUUCAGAGCUCUUUUAUAUGGACUACUGCCAGUUUUAUGGUUCUACUGAUGCAUGUCUAUCUUUCCUAGUAGAGGUGCCAUCGUUCAUGCUUCUGGCUCAUUCCAGGUCUCAAGACUCGGCUCGAAAUGGAAGCCUUGCCUCCCAGGCAGGGCAUUUCUGGAGAAGAAACAUCUCAGGGAAUAAUAAAGAAAAGAUCCAUUAAGUGUGGUCGCUGGGACACCAAUUUUGGACAAACUUUGGGAUUUGAGAGCAGGACAGAACAGGAGCAACAAAAGAAACCUCUUAGGCAAAUGGUGGCCUCCCACAGAAAAACCAUGAGUGGAGAUAUAAAGGAGACAAGUCUUGAAUUGGGGAAAGGCUUACUUAUAAAUACAAUUCUUGUUACACAGCAGAGUGUUCCUAUAGAAAGGAUACCCAAUAUAUAUUACACCUUUGGGAAAGAUUUUAAACAGAAUUUUGACCUAAUCAGAUGCUUCCAGAUUUACCCAGGAGAAAAACCUCAUAUUUGUCACAAAUGUGGGAAAAGCUUUGCCCAGAGUCUCCAUCUGAUUGAACACCAGAGGAUUCAUACCGGCGAGAAACCCUACAGAUGUGACGAGUGUGGGAAAACCUUUAGCCACAGAUCAUCCCUUCUUGCCCAUCAGAGAAUCCAUACAGGAGAGAAACCUUACAAAUGUAAUGAAUGUGAGAAAGCGUUCAGCAGCAGUUCGACCCUGAUCAAGCAUCUGAGGGUGCACACCGGAGAGAAACCCUAUCACUGCAAGGAAUGUGGGAAAGCCUUCAGCCAGUGUUCAACCCUCACCGUACAUCAGAGAAUUCAUACCGGUGAGAAACUCUAUAAAUGUGCUGAAUGCGAGAAGGCCUUCAAUUGUAGAGCAAAACUUCAUAGACACCAAAGAAUCCACACAGGGGAGAAACCCUAUAAAUGCAGUGAGUGUGGGAAAGGUUACAGCCAGUUUGCAUCCCUGGCUGAGCACCAGAGGUUUCAUACUGGGGAGCAGCUGUGUAAGUGCUUGGAAUGCGGGAGAACUUUCACACGCAUCUCAACCCUUCUCGAACACCAGCGAAUUCAUACCGGCCAGAAACCCUAUCAAUGUAAUGAGUGUGGGAAAACCUUCAACCAGUGUUCCUCCUUCAACGAACAUCGUAAAAUUCACACCGGGGAGAAGCUCUAUACCUGUGGAGAAUGUGGGAAAGCCUUUGGUUGCAAAUCCAACCUGUUCAGGCACCAAAGAAUUCACACCGGAGAGAAGCCCUACCAGUGUAAUGAGUGUGGGAAGGCCUUCAGCCAGUAUUCUUUCCUCACCGAACACGAGAGAAUCCACACCGGCGAGAAACUCUACAAGUGUAUGGAGUGUGGGAAGGCCUACAGUUACAGAUCAAACCUGUGCAGACACAAAAAAGUUCACACGAAGGAAAAACUCUAUAAAUGGAAGGAAUAUGGGAAGCCUUUUAUCUACAGCUCCUCCCUUACUCAGUAUCAGAGAUUUCUUAGAGCAGAUAAGCCCAGUGAAGUUUAAUUCUUCUCUCAAAUAAUUCAAGACUCCUCAUUAGAGAAUAAUAAAUAGGGCACAGACUCUGGAUUAGAUUAAGUGGUUUUUUUUUUUUUUUGCUUCUGGAGAAAAUAUGAUAGUUCCCACUAAGUCAUGGUGAAAUUGAUCAGUGGGAUUAUGAAGAGUACCAAUUUGUCAAAUUUUCUAAGAACCAUUAAAUGCUAAUAAGGUUUCUAAGAACAUAGAAAAAAUUUUUAAUUCGUAGAAAAAAUAUAAAAGACCUAACUUAAAAAAAAAUGAAAAUAAUGGUGUAUACAUUUUGUUUCAUUAGAGUUUACUCCCUUUCUAAGAGCAAGCUUCGAUAUGAAUUUUCCUUUAAAUUAGUCAUUGAGUUAAUGUGAAUAAGCAUGAGGCCGUAUUUGCUAAAAUGGCAAGCAAGCAUAGGACACACUCUUUUCCAUAAAGAGAAACUCAAGGUAAAAAGGAAUUCUUUAAAUUCAAAUUUUCACGUGGAAAUAAUGAAGCUCACUUUUUAUGAACUGCCUCAGCGGCAGGUUGUAUAUAUAAAUAUACGUAUGUGGACAUAGGACAUACAGACAUACACACGUAGCUUUAGAAUAUAUGUAUAUUUUUUCCAAAAGUCUCUGGUGAUUAAAAAAUUAAUUUACAAUUUCGUUUUGGAAAUGAAAAUUUUGCCCAGAUGGAAUCUCUUUUCCUUUUCCUUGUAUUAUUUCUUAAUUUGAUAUGAUUUGACACUACUGAAUAGAGUCUUAGGAUAGUAUUAUAGAAGGUGCAGUGAACUAAAGCAAGGGAGACUGUCAACGCAAAUACUCUCUUACCUGUUGCAGAAGGUAUGUAUUUGCAGAAUCUGACUAUAUACCUGAUAGCUUAUUAGAGCCAGGAGGAAUUUUCAUUUAGUUUAUUUAUAGCCUUUCAUUUUACUAACAAAAUUGAGCUUCUUGGGCAGAGUCAAGGCUAGAAUCUAAGUUUUCAGCUCUGGUUUUCUAGGAUAAUUAUAGAUAUGAAUUAUAAUCAUUGGCUUCCAACCUCAAGUGCUAAGAGUACUAGGCACUGUUUAUUUUGUAAACUGGUUAUAGGCGCAAUUGCGGUAAUUUAAUCAGUUUUAUUUCUGUGUUUACCAGGUUCCCCCUAACUGCAAUCUUACAGUCUCGUUCUUUCUUUUUCUUCUGUGUCCCUAAUUAUACCUGCUUUUAUAAUAACUGUACAUAAAUCCUCAGACUCAGCUUAGGUCCAGAUGGUGAAAUUGCUUUUGGGGUUUUCACGUACAAGAUUGUCUUUUAGUUUGUUUUUGUUAUUCAUCUUUUAGGAAUUCUUUUGUGUAAAGUGAUAUGUGAAUAUUUUAUUAUUAAACAUUCUAGUCAUCAGUUAAAAUUGGCUUUCCAAACAUUUUCCAUAUUUUUAACAUACAUUGCAUUUUCCCCUGGGCCCACGUCCCACAAUUUUAUAUCUCACUUUCACAAUUGGUAUCAUUUAAAAAAGUAUUCUAAUAAAAGUAGCUAGAACCUUCUGUCUGAGAAAGGUUUUAGAAUUAAAUGCAGGCAUUCAGCAUAGCAUGUUUCUUGACUUGCCUUAGCUCAUUUGAAAACAUCUUUUUAUAUAUGUAAGUAUAUUUACAAGGAAAUGAGCUUUUAAAAAGACCUCAGUGUUUAAUACUGGACAGAGCCAUUUGCAAGAUAUUCUAGAGAAAAACAUAUUUGGUUAUCCAAUAGCAAUGAGCAUGCUUAGUACCCAGAUCUUGGUUUCCAAAUGCUAUUCCCCACUAAAAGGAGCCUGGGCUCAUUGGAGAAAUGCUGAUUCCAUUUCUGGAGCAGGGAAAGUAGAAGAUGUGUCUGAGGUAUCUUUUUAUGAAACAAAACAAAAAGAUAGCACUUCAAGACUAAGCACUCAACGGAUAAUGUCAGAAGGACACGGGAGCCAUCUUGAAAGUGCUCUCACUGGUCAAAUUUAAGAUAAUUUAAACAUCAAAAAUAACAGUCAAUGAAAUUGGUUAUAACAUGCUAAGUAAAAAUGAGCCCAUAAUGAAAAAAUGGUGGGAAAAAAAAGGAAAGCUCUCUAUAAACUAAUCUGAAGAAUGUCAUCUUUUAACUGUAUAUGGAAUGACAGAUUUAAAAAAAUCACUAUUUUAUAACAAUGUGAUUAAACUAGGCAAAUUGAAUGGAUGAUAAACCCAUUAGGUGAAAAAAAUUUUAAGGAAUAUUAUAUGGUGUCAAAGUUCACAAAUACCAAUUGCAAAGAAAUGAUACACCUUUCUAACGGAGAGAUCUGGCUGUCAAACUGAAUUUCACUACUGGUGGGAGAGCCUGAUGUUGUGUGGCUCCUGAUGAGAUGCAGGAUGAGACAUAUGUGACCAUCCGGGAUGUAUUCUUGCCAAGAGUGUUUAAUGAAAAUCUAAUUAAACCUCUCAUCCAGGUUUAUGCUCCUAUUUAUAAGAAAGACAAGAGAGCAACAAGUCGAAUUCCAUGAUGAGGAAAUAGACAAACCUAGAGUUUGAGACUUUGUACAAGACAACUGGUCUGGAUUUUUCAAGAAGCCAACAUAGUAGAACAAAAAGGAGACUUCUAGAUUAAGGCACUCAAGAGUCAUAAGCAAGUUGUGAUCCUUAGUUGGCUUCUGAUUCAGAAAAAUUAGAGCAACUAUAAAAGACAUUUGGGAGGGGGUACUUGGGGAAGUAUGAGGAUGGGAUGGGUUUUAGAUAAUGUCAUAUGUUUAGUUUUCCUAGAAGUGAUGGUGGUAUUGAGGUAUUUAGAAUGAUGUCCUUAUUUUUAGAAGAUGCAUGUAAAAGUUUUCAAGUUUAAAAAGUCAUGGUGUCUGCAGAACAUUUUCAGGUAGGUAUGUAAAAAAUUAGUCAACUGUUGUGAAAAAUUAGUCAACUUUGUGGAGGAUAUAGAGAUGUUCAUUGGUCAUCUUUACAUUUUUCUGUAUGUUUAUAAUUUUAAUAAAAAUUUGAGGCAAAAAGUGAUUGCAUAAUGUGAUGAAGCUUCCAGUCAGAAUUUUUCCUUUAGGGGCACCUGGGUGGCUCAGUCGUUAAGUGUCUGCCUUCGG